CGAAUUCCAAACAUGGCGGGUUUUUGUACCUAAGUUUGAGUUUUCAUCUAAAAUUCUGCAUUUUCCUUCGUCAAAAUGGAAGAAAAACUCAUGAGACUCAGCGAAGAGGGUAAUAUCUCAUCGUUGACGCAAACACUGGCUGGAAUAAAGGAUGAAAAGGUUGUGGAGAUGCUGGAAAAAUUUGCUCUUUCUGAAAGGAACGAUUCAGUUGGUUUCCUGAAAGCUAUUCUUAAAGGUUCACCAUGUUCAACUGGCGAUGGUCAGAAAAGGACUCUUCAUAUAUACAAAUGCUGCAUUCAGCUGUUGAAUAAUGGCGAAUUGUCAAAUAAAGUUGCAACAGAAAUAGUUGGAAACCUUCUCAUGGAGUUGGAUUCCUUGCCUGGUAAAGCCUUAGCUGAACUAGCUGAUGUGUUUCUAGAUGCUAUCAAGGAAGGAUCUAUCAGUGGAAAAAGUCUUGAGCUACUACCAAAAGUAUUAUCAUCUAUUGCAGCCAAGGAAACUAUUCCAUUGAUCUCUGAAUGCAGUGGUGAGAUGUCUGGCGUGGAAUACAAGAAACAGUUGUUGAAUAGUCUGUGUUCUAGCAGAUGGGAUCCACAGUGUGUCAUUCAUCUUGCUGCAAUGUUCAGAGAUGUCCCCAUGAGUCUAGAUGAGCUUAGGUUUGUCAUCGAGAAACUGCAGCGAAUGUUUAAAGACCUGGAUCUUCAAGAACUUCCUCCUCUAGUGUAUCAGCUCCUGUUGCUGUCCACCAAGGGUCAUAAAGGGCUUGUGCUUCAAGGUGUUAUGUCAUUCUUUAAUGACCAGGAUGAAACUUGCAGGAAACAAGAGAAUGAAGACACAGAUGAUUCAGUUCACUCAAUUUCCAAAGAGCAACUUCGUCACAUGGAAGGAACAAUCAUUCUUCAUAUAACUUUUGCCAUCAAACAAGACCAGAAUUUAGGAAAAGAACUGAUCAAAUAUCUAAAGGCUUCACAAAGUUCACCUGGAAAAAUUCUAACUCCAUUCACAGUAGCACUGGCAUUGUCUGUAGGCCAAAUACACAGAUUUGAAGAAAUGAUCUUUGAUAUACUCAAGUCCUCAAUAUUAAGAAGUUUUAAAGAUGGAGAGAGACGUCGGCAGUCAAAAUGGAUCAAAGAAAAUGUACCAGAGUGCUUUAAAGUGCAGGAAUAUAUCCUUGAAACAGUGCAAAAUAGCUUGUUUGGAUGGGAUCAUGUGACGCAAGGGCUUGUUAACCUUGGUUUCUUGUUGAUGGACAGCUUUGGACCAAAAGCAUUUGAAAGUCAUACUGCAGAGCAGUUAAGUCCAGCACAGCAUUCCUGUAAUCUUGGCUGUGAUAUUUUAUUAAAUACUUUCAAAGGACAUGAAAUGGUCAGAGCUGAGAUAUUGGAACAGAUUUUAAAUAGAGUUGUUACCAAGGCAACAACACCUGUCAGUCAUUUCAUCAAUCUCCUUUCAAGCACUGUGCUAUCAGCACCACAUGUCCUAUUGGAGUCUUUGCCUAAGGUCAAAGAAGCCCUGGAUUAUCUGUCUUUUCUGCCACCAAGAACAGCUGAGGGUCUUCUAAGAGCCCUUCAGCCCCUUUUGAAAAUCAGUCUUUCACUGAGAGAUUCCUUAAUUCUGGUUCUCAGAAAAGCUAUGUUUUCUAGGCAAAUUGAUGCAAGAAAGAUUGCUGUGACUGGGUUUCUUCAACUAUUGAAGCAUUUUAAGGUCUUAGGAGGGUCAGUGUUAGGAUCAAGUCAGCCAUCAAGUCAAGCCAGUGUCUCUUUUUCUCAAUGUAGUCAGGUUCAAGUUGAUGUUCACAUGAGAGGAGGAGCUGGGAACGAGGCCCUUUGUCUUGAAAUACUUGGAAACUUAAGAAGAUGUUUUACACAGCAAUCCGAAGUCAGAGAGCUUCUCUAUGAGGGACUUUAUGAAGUCAUGUGCAGAAAUCCUCAACUCAGGCAAUCCAUAUUGGAUACGUUAUAUAUGCAGUUUCAAAAAUAUUAUGAACCAGAAGAAGAUGUCAACCCACCCAUCAAACUUGAUCCUUGUCUAUCAGUCUCUGGCGAUCAAGUUUUCUUAGCUGAACCUUUGGCCCAUCUUCUCUGUGCGCUUCAGCAUUGUGCAAUAUGGUGUGGUGAACAUGCUAGUGAAGAGGAUGAAGAAGAUAAUGUGGAACAUUUGUUCAAUGAAGUGGAGGACAUGCUGGAGUCCCUUUCCAGAAGAAUGAUCAAAUCAGAGAUGGAGGACUUUGAAUUGGACAAGUCUGCAGAUUUUUCUUCAGACACAAGUGUUGGAAACAAGAACAAUAUAUUAGCUCAUUUGGUGUUAGGAGUUUGCGAGCUUCUGCUUGAAUUCACAUUUCUAGAAGGAGAAUUUAGUACUCAGUCACUAGAAUCAGUAACCCAGCUGUUUGCAAUGUAUCACCAGUUGGAAGACAUUUUAAAGGAAAAAUCUGCUGCAGCGGGUAAAAAGGGUCGUUCUUCAGGAACCAAGCAGGCUUCAUCAUCCAGUAUGCUGUCAAUUGAAUGUGUGGCACAGCUGUGCACUGCUUUGUUCAGUGAUGUAACACCAAGCCAUCAGGAAGGACUUAUGCCUCUUAGGUCAAUUACUGAUUUUGUUAAGUAUGUCCUUAACAUUACACUACAAAAGCUCCGACAGAUAAAUGAGAAAGGGCAUUGUACAGGUCUCAGGGGUAAAAACAAAGAUCAUUUGUACAAGCAGUGCCAUACCAUAGCAAGGGCUUUGCUUAAACACAUUUUGGGUGAGAGCUGUAUUCAUGAUGACAAGUCUAAGAAAGAUAAGAGUAAAAAGCUGGGAAGUCUUUGCUUAGAAGGUCUUUGCCUUGUGGUGAAUAUUGUAUGUUGUCAUUAUAAAGACAAGCUCAUACCUUUUCUUUCAAUGAUUGAAUCAAGUGGUGAAGCAAAUGAAGAAAAUAACAACAACAGCGACCAGGAACGUAUCUAUGCCAUGGUUAAGAUAUUCCAGCAAGUUGUAGUAAGCAUUGUGUCAUCAGACACACAAGAGAGUGACAUUAGCACCAAAGAUGCACAGACACUAGUCAAUGUCAUUUCCAUCUUAGCUCAUCAUCUUGAUCCUGAUGGUCAACAGUUUGCACAUCUUCAGUCCUGGGUACACAGAAUCUGUAAAGAACAUGACCCAGAUGAUCUCAUAUUGUCCAAGUCUCUAGUGUCACUACUCUUGUCACUGACCUUUCAAUGCAAGACUACCACUUCACUAAUCAGAGAAAUGUCUCAAGAUAUCCACAGUCAGCUUGGAGACAUAGAUGAGGAGAUUGAAGUUGAGGAUCGAACACACUAUGCCAUUGUCAAUCAAAGAACUGCAGCACCAACUAUAACCUUGAUUGUCAUUGGUCAAAUGGACAAGAUUCUGGAUGAGAUAGACUGGACACUAUCCAAGAUUCGUGGCGAUCUGGCAGUUACUGUAUUUGCACCUUCAAUUGACAACGCACCUGACUCCCCUGAUAGCACGCAAAGGACUUCACUAGAGGCAUCAGUGUGUACUCGAUUGACUGGAUUGGUAAUGGCUUUCCAUGAAAUCAGCCAGUCAGCUUUACCUGAGGGGCCUUCUACAGAGAACACUGUCAAAGUAUUAACCAAGCUGUAUGUCACCCUUGCUGCAGUUGGAAAAUAUUAUAUGACCCUUUAUAACCAAAGACUUGGACACUUGCCGCACAAGUUUGAAAAACUGGUCAAACUAACAGGAACGCACCUAUCCCAGCAAGUGUAUGCUAUGAUAACUUACAUCCAAGCAGUACAGUCACAAUCCCUACAAGAAACCAUGGCAAAAGCUAAAAAUAAGAAGAAAGGACAAAACACUGCUGGAAAAGCAAAGGUGAUGAAAGAAAUGAAGUCUAUGCCAAAUCUGAUUUACGCCAUUGAACAUUAUGAAAAGUUCCUCAUUCAGCUCACGAAGAAAUCUAAAAUUGACUUGAUGCAGCACUUCAAGCGGAGUACAGCAAGAGAUUUCCGUAUCAAUGGAGCUACUUUGGAGGCUGCGCUGAGAGAUGAAAUGAGUGAAAUUGAGGAAGAGAAUGAAUCAGGAAGUGAAGGCGACGAGCCACCGAAAAAGAAAGGAAAACAUGUUGAAGAAAAAGGCAAAGGGAUACUUGCCUUAAAAACCAAAAAGACUUCAAAAACAUUAUCCACAUCAAACACUUAAUACAAUAUAACGGUGUUUGCAUUGUUGAGGCGAAAAUGGUUUACUAAAUGUAUUGCUAGUAAGCAAGAACACGAUCAACAUUGUACAUGUUUAACGGCAAUGGAACAGCUUGUCUUCUCUAGUCAUGUGGGUUGUGCCUCUAGAAAACUGAGGCCACCACGCAUGCGUAAAGGCGCUCAUAAUAGACCCUUGUCAGAAGACGAUUUCAAGAUUAGCAUUUGCGUUCAAAAAUAUGGCAGGCGUUCGCAUGAAUACUUUGUUAUUACCCUAACAUACCUCUAUUUCAUUCGUGCGUCUGUGGUAUUUUUGAAAGCGCCCGCGCAUCUCGAAAGUCGUCAAUUGUUGAUUCAAGACACUUUGGGAGUAAGAAAAUAUUUGUUUUUCAUCACUGCUGGUUUGGGAACAUGAGUCAACAGUUGCACAAGACGAGCAUUCAGUUGAGCUCUUAUAAGCUCAAAUUCAGAUGUACUUAAUGUCUCCAGAGUAUUUUUCCAAUUAAUAUGUGACCAAAUUCCACUAUAAGUAUUUUUAUAUUAUUAACAAUCGUUAAACAUUCCCUCGUUAGAUUGUAAAUGUUCAAAUAAUUUUGCAUGUCGUUGAUAAUUGAACAUUAAAUGAUUUAA